AUGGAACGAUUCACCUUCCUUGAUAUCCUACGAAUCCUUAGCGGAAUCCUCCUUAUCAACGCCGUGCUAUCGUACUGGAUCACUUCCUCCACCACCUGGGGCUAUGACGGUAAAUACAUAAACCCUCGCUAUUAUUGGUUCCAAUUAGGAGGACAGGUUAACUUGACAUUGGCCGAAUUGUCUCAUUACGAUGGUACUGACAAUCGUCCUAUUUAUGUCGCUAUUAAUGGGUCUGUUUAUGAUGUGACACUGGCUAGACAUAUCUAUGGACCUAAGGGGCCCUAUAGAUUCUUCAGUGGUAAGGAUGCGGCACGAGCUUUCGUUACGGGGUGUUUCAAUAAGCCCGAUGAGUUUACUUAUGAUUUGAGAGGCCUUGACCCUGAAGAGGCUCGGGCCGAUGUGAGGAAAUGGCAGGAGUUCUUUGGUGGUAAUGCGAAGUACUGGUACGUUGGGGUGGUACAGCAUGAAGAGAUUACGGGAGAUGUACCGGGAGAGUGUGAACAUAUGAAGUUUCCUUUCUAG